GGCGGGGCGGGGCGCGGCCGCCAUCUUGGCGCGGGCAGGGCCCGGCCGGCAGCGGGGCCGCGGGGGUCGGUGCGGGCCGGGGGGGGGCCGGGCCGCCCCCCGAGGCCCUGCCGCAGCCAUGGAGCCGAGCGGCGGGCGGAAGGAGAGGCCGAAGCCCCGGGAGCCGGCGGCCCGCCUGGAGAAGGCGAAGCAGAAGUCGGCGCAGCAGGAGCUGAAGCAGCGGCAGCGGGCGGAGAUCUACGCGCUGAACCGGGUGAUGACGGAGCUGGAGCAGCAGCAGUUCGACUCCUUCUGCAAGCAGAUGCAGGCCCCCAGCGAGUGAGGGGCGGCGCCCCCGGCACCCGCCCCUCGCGUUAUUUAUUACUUCGCCUCGAAGAGCCACUUUUCCCUUUUUUUCCCCUUUUUUCCCUUUCUUAAUAAAAGCAGUGGUUGUUCCACA